UGCAGCUGUAAACCUAUUAUAAACCUAUAGUUUACCGUUAAGGUCCGCAGGAGGCGGUAGCAUUUCUUUUGGUGGAUUCUGCUCCAUGCAGUGGUUUCGCAGUGAACCUCCAGAUGACCACAAUGAAGUUCCGCCUUUUAUUUCUUGUGUCCGUUCUGCUUUUAAGCGCUACCGCGGAUCUACAAGAGGUCCAAACAAGUCUUGGCAGACUGAGAGGACAGUAUGUGAGCGUAAAGGGGAAGGAGACGGGUGUCCACGCCUUCCUGGGCAUUCCCUUUGCUAAGCCCCCCCUCGGUCCCUCCCUAAGACUGGCCGCACCUCAGCCUCCAGAGGGAUGGCAAGGACUGAGAGAUGCCACCAAGCAACCCAACAUAUGCAUUCAAGAUAUGGACAUAGUUAACAAUCUAAUUGAAAAACUCAGUGGCAUAAUAACAGACCUCCCAGAUGUUUCAGAAGACUGUCUGUACCUCAACAUUUACACCCCUGCAAACAGAGCUCCUGAUGCCAAGCUCCCUGUCAUGGUGUGGAUCCAUGGUGGAGGCUUUGCUCUUGGCUCUGCUUCAAUGUAUGAUGGUUCUGCUCUGGCUGCCUACCAAGAUGUAGUUGUGGUUAUGAUCCAGUAUCGACUGGGACUUCUGGGCUUUUUCAGCACCGGAGACGAGCUUAUGCCAGGAAACUUUGGUCUUUUGGACCAGAUCCAAGCCCUCAAGUGGGUCAAGGAGCAUAUUCACAACUUUGGUGGGAAUAAGGAUUUAGUCACCAUAUUUGGAGAGUCUGCUGGUGGAGUCAGCGUUUCCCUCCUGCUUCUGUCUCCAUUAUCUCAUGGCCUGUUCCACCGAGCUAUUGCUGAGAGUGGUACAGCUGCAAUGGAUGCACUUUUUAUGAAUUCUCCUGUUCCAGUAAUGCAGGCUGCUGCAAAUGCAUCCGGCUGUAGCCUGGAAAGCACAGAGAAGAUUGUUAAAUGCAUGAGGAACCUUGAUAUUGAUACCAUAUUGGCAUUGGGGAAGGAUCCAAAUUUAAGAUUUGUUGUAAAUACCGAUGGACACUUCCUGACUAAACCUGUGCCAGAACUUCUCCAGAAGCAUGAACUCCUAACUGUACCAUUCAUGACCGGCAUUAAUAAUCAUGAAGGAGGUUUUGUCCUUGCUGAAUACUUUGCUCCCCCAAACUGGACAGAAGGAAUGGACCGAGAGCUGGUUGGAAACAUGCUGUUAAUGUUCUUCCCUCGUCCUGAAGAUGCACCCAUCAGAGACUUGAUUGUUAGAAAAUAUGUUGGAUCUGGUGAAGACCGCAUCAGAAACAGAGAUGGGUUCACUGAGCUGCUCGGAGAUUUAUUUUUCACUAUUCCAGCCAUUAAAGUAGCAAAUGCCCACAGAGAUGCAGGUGCUGCUGUGUACUUGUAUGAGUAUCAUUAUACUCCUAAGUUCUUGCGGAUUAAAAGACCCAGCUUUGUUAAAAGUGACCAUGGAGAUGAAAUCUUCUUGGUGCAAGGAUUUUGCUUCACAACUACCAAUGUUAAAUUAGCUGAUGCAUGUCCUGAAGAGGAGGAAGAGUUUAGCAGAAUCAUGAUGAGCUACUGGGGCAACUUUGCUCGCACAGGGUCUCCUAAUGGACAUGGUCUUGUUGAGUGGCCCAAGUAUGGAGCAGCGGAGAAGUAUCUGUCUCUCGACUUGGAGAAGCAGGUAUCUGGUCAGUCCCUCAAGGAGGACCAGUUCAUUUUUAUGACCCAGACUCUGGAAGAGAUCAGGAAGUUUCAGGAGAACGUGGACCACAGCGAGCUGUAGUACGGCUUCAGGGCGGAGACGUCUACGAGUCAUUUUUCAUCAAAGUCCAAGUCAAGUCUCUAAUCUGAGGAAUGCCAUCCAGUCUGCCUAUAGCAAUGCAUUGCUUGAGGAAAUGUUUUUAAAGCCUUGUCCUAUUUGUGAAUUAUUUAGACUAUUAUUGGAAAUAUCAAUAUGUUUUCAUGUUCAAUGAAAGAAAGUUAAAGUAGGCUGGCAGCUUUUCAUGUCAAGUUUCUUUAUGGACCUAAAAGAAAGUGCUCUUGUGUCAUGUGUCUUUGGUAGCAACAUGAGCAUCUGUUAUCCCUGCCUGUGUUCAAAACAGAGGCUUUCUUAUGCAUGACAUUAUUUCAGAGGAUUUGUAAGAUUAGAAAAUGACAUACAAAAUCUGUAUUAAAAGCCUUUUGUCAAGUCUAAACAGUAGACACAAUAUAUAAAUAUAUGACACAAUAAAGAGUGACUUCUAUUGA